UUUCCACAUUCAAAAAAAUGUGCAGGCAAAGUGCAAAAUGUUAGUAAAUUCUGUUGACGCAUGGGAUGUUGUACUUCAAGCCUGGGAGAAUGUCAUGGACUGUGAAGAUGAAUUAAAGUUUAAGGAGUGUGUUCAUCGUCUUCAGGUUGUUUGCCAGCCGUGGCCUGUAUUCUUUGAAUAUGUUAACGACUCGUGGAUCAUUCCUUAUAAGAAAUUCUUUGUGAAGGCAUGGACGAACAAAGUUAUGCAUUUGGGGAAUACAACAUCAAACAGGGUUGAGUCUGCUCACUGGAGUCUGAAGAAAGUUCUUGGAAGUAGUAGGGAGACCUUUGUUCGUGUUAGGAUGGAAUUCACAACGUUAUUAUCUUGCAACACAACGAAAUUAAGGCGUCUUUUGAAAGAAGUAUAAAUCUGAUCAGUGACUCUUACAAGGCAUUGAGUUAUAGAAGAUUAGUGGGGAAUAUU